GCCGCUUCAUUUGUUAUUGCCUUCAAAUUUCAUGGGAAACAUUAAAUUUUGUGCAGCGUAAACAAGUCUAUUCCCAAAUAGUAAACAAGAAACUGGAAUGACGCUCGUUGGCCAAAUAAAAGGCCCGGGAUUUUUCGGGAGAUCCACAGUCGUUCUCUGCCAAGAACCAAGAAUCAAGCUCUGAAGCUCUCAAGCUACGUCAAUAACUUAAAUUUAUAUCUACAAGAUGCGUCUAAUCCUGCUGUCCGUCGUCGUUCUUUUGGGACUGGCCUGUGCCUUUGCCCUGGAGGAUAAUGGAGCCAAUCUGAGGGAUCUGCUGGGCGUGGCCGAUCAGGGAGAGACCCACGCCGAGGCUGGACUGCGUGAGGCACGAGGAUAUGGACAUGGACAUUAUGGAGGCGGACGCGGUGGUCACUAUGGCGGUGGACACUACGGUGGACACCACGGCGGACACGGCGGUGGACACGGAUAUUAUCAUGGCUAAUUUACAGCUAUCAACUUCUAUUUGCCAGAUUCUAUUUGAUGAUUUGAUAUUUUUGAAAUAAAACUAUAAAUAGAAAAAAAAAAA